UGGACAUCGGAUAUUACGGAGCGGUAAAUUGAUUGAUUGCGUUACGCCAUGUCACAGUCACGUCAAUCAACCUCGUCAAUUCCUCCUGAACUUCGAGUAGAUUUAAGUGAAAUAGUCGAAGACUUGUUAGCCUUUCACUAUGAUGAUAUCAGCACUUCUCUGUCCGACAACACAAACUCUACAAACUCUACUUUGACAACUAGUGGAUCAAACAGUGCUGAUCUAAUUCGUCGGCUUACUCGUAUGCGUUCAAGCAUACAACGAGCUCAAGAAGCAGUACGUAAACUUACCACUUUUGAUCUAGAUCUUCCUGCUCAAGAGAAGCUAUUAUUAGCUGUUGCCAACUCUUGUGUAACUAAACGUCAUUUAGUAUGCAUGCUGAAGACUGAACUUGAAAAGUUAUCGUCUAAAGAUUCUGACUGUUAUUUUGAGUGAUUCUUUUCUUCUUCUUCCUACUACUUCUUUUCUUGUGAUAUCCCUUUCUUGAUAAUUGUGUACAGUUUUUAUAGAAAUAUUGACAAAAUAAAUUUAUUUCCACGAAGUUUGCGUCUUGUUUUUCUCCUGGUUGCUUUCUUCUUUGUCUGAUUAGUGUUUUUUUAUUAGCGUAUGUUACAUUGCAUAAAUUACAGGAUUUCAUUGUGAGCUGACAUUGGUUAGAGAACCAUUGGAAAACCUGAGAGUACUGAACAACUGUUUCGUCC